AUGAAGGAGGACAGUUGUUUACAUGCUGCUCUUAUCUGCCUGGGCAUGCUAUAUUACAGCCAUGCCAUGUCUACAGAAAAACUUAACCAUUUAAGGCCGUCACUCCAUGGUCACCAUGAAAAAGGAAAAGAAGGGCAAGUUCUGCAUCGUUCAAAAAGAGGCUGGGUGUGGAAUCAGUUCUUUGUAAUAGAGGAGUACACAGGACCAGAUCCUGUACUAGUUGGCAAGCUUCAUUCAGAUAUCGAUUCUGGAGAUGGAAACAUUAAAUACAUUCUCUCAGGUGAAGGCGCAGGAAUCAUUUUUGUUAUUGAUGACAAAUCAGGGAACAUCCAUGCAACAAAGACACUGGACCGAGAAGAGAGAGCUCAGUAUAUUCUAACGGCACAAGCUGUAGACAGAAACACUAACAGACCUUUGGAACCACCCUCUGAAUUCAUUGUGAAAGUUCAAGAUAUAAAUGACAACCCACCUGAGUUCCUACACGAAAACUAUCAUGCGAAUGUGCCAGAGAGGUCCAACGUGGGUACAUCAGUUAUUCAGGUAACCGCUUCGGAUGCUGAUGAUCCUACCUAUGGGAACAGUGCCAAACUGGUUUACAGUAUUCUUGAAGGUCAGCCGUACUUCUCCGUGGAAGCACAAACAGGUAUUAUUAGAACUGCUCUUCCCAACAUGGACAGAGAAGCUAAGGAAGAAUAUCAUGUUGUAAUACAGGCAAAAGAUAUGGGAGGACACAUGGGAGGACUCUCAGGGACAACCAAAGUGACAAUUACACUUACUGAUGUCAAUGACAACCCACCAAAGUUCCCACAGAGUGUGUACCAGAUGUCAAUAUCAGAAGCAUCCAUACCAGGGGAAGAAGUAGGACGACUAAAGGCCAAAGAUCCAGAUAUUGGAGAAAAUGGCUUAGUGACUUACAGCAUCAUUGAUGGAGAUGGUGUGGAGAUGUUUGAAAUUACUACAGAUUAUGAGACUCAGGAAGGUGUUGUAAAGCUUAAGAAGCUCCUAGAUUAUGAAACCAAAAAGUCCUACAGUCUGAAGGUAGAGGCAGCCAAUGUACAUAUUGAUCCUAAGUUCAUCAGCAAUGGACCAUUCAAGGAUACUGUAACUGUAAAGGUAGCAGUUGAGGAUGCUGAUGAGCCCCCCAUAUUUUUAGCACCAAGUUAUAUUCUUGAAGUACAAGAGAACGCGGCAGCUGGUGCUGUUGUUGGGAGAGUACAUGCCAAAGACCCUGAUGCUGCAAAUAGUGCUAUAAGGUAUUCAAUUGAUCGUCACACUGACCUUGAAAGAUAUUUUAGUAUCAGUCCAGAAGAUGGUUACAUUAAGACCAUAAAAACUCUGGAUAGGGAAGAAAUUGCUUGGCAUAACAUCUCUGUCUUUGCAACUGAAGUCUACAACCGACAUCAGGAAGCCAAAGUUCCUGUAGCAAUUAAGGUCCUUGAUGUCAAUGACAAUGCUCCAAAAUUUGCAUCAACCUAUGAAGCAUUUAUUUGUGAAAAUGGUCAGAGCAACAAGGCAUUUAUUACAAUUACUGCUGAUGACAAGGAUGAUGCAGCCAAUGGACCGAGAUUUAUCUUCAGUUUACCACCUGAAAUUAUUCACAAUCCAAAUUUUACGCUCAUAGACAACAGAGAUAAUACAGCGGGUAUUUAUGCUAGACGUGGUGGCUUUAGUCGACAAAAGCAGGAUUUAUACCUUCUUCCUAUUGUAAUAAGUGAUGGUGGAAUCCCUCCAAUGAGCAGCACCAAUACCCUCACUAUUAGAGUCUGUGGCUGUGACAGCAAUGGUUCCAUGCUCUCAUGUAAUGCUGAAGCUUACAUCCUCAAUGCUGGACUUAGCACUGGAGCUUUAAUUGCCAUUCUCGCUUGCAUUGUGAUUUUGUUAGUCAUUGUAGUGUUAUUUGUAACACUGAAAAGGCAGAAGAAAGAACCUUUAAUUGUUUUUGAAGAAGAAGAUGUCAGAGAGAACAUUAUAACUUAUGAUGAUGAAGGUGGUGGAGAGGAAGACACUGAAGCCUUUGACAUUGCUACUUUGCAGAACCCUGAUGGCAUCAAUGGGUUUAUUCCUCGUAAAGACAUAAAACCCGAGUAUCAGUAUAUGCCAAGACCAGGGCUUCGGCCAGCUCCUAACAGCGUUGAUGUUGAUGAUUUCAUCAACACAAGAAUACAAGAGGCUGAUAAUGAUCCAACUGCUCCUCCUUAUGACUCUAUUCAGAUCUAUGGCUAUGAAGGAAGAGGCUCAGUGGCUGGUUCACUUAGCUCGUUAGAGUCGGCAACAACAGAUUCUGAUUUGGACUAUGACUAUCUACAAAACUGGGGACCUCGUUUUAAGAAACUAGCAGACUUGUAUGGGUCCAAAGACACUUUUGAUGAUGAUUCUUAA